AUGGCGGGGGGUCCUCAUGCAGGCCACAUGUCGUAUUUGCUACCAUUGAUUCAAAAUCCGCAGAAUGCGGCUGUCAAUGCGGCUCUCAAUGCAGUUGGCUUGGCAGCCCUGUCAAACAUUCGAAUGUCUCCUCAGAUGAUGCUGAAGGCACGCCGAGAGUAUACCACUGCUUUGUCGCAGACCAACUAUGCAUUGAAAGACCCAGUUAUGUCUAAGCAAGAUGACAUCCUAGCUGCGGUAGUUUUACUUGGAAUGUUCGAAGUCGUGACAUGCACUGAUGACUCAUUCAUCGACCGCUGGAUGAAACACAUGGAGGGGGCUGCAAAGUUGAUUGAGUUCCGAGGCCCAGAUCAGCUCAGUCGACAAGAGGGCUUAGAUCUCUUCACUCAACUACGCGCUCAAAUUAGUACUAGCAAUAUAUACCGAGAGGAGUAUAGCUCGGCGAGUCUCAUAGAGCUCACAGAACUUGCAAAACAAUAUCGAAAUACGAAUGAUCAUGUCCUCGACAACCUCGGCUUGAUAGUUAUACGACUGAGUAAUUUCUGUGCGGCUCUAAAAGAUGCGACCAUAACAGACCCCAGUGAAGUAAUUCGCACCGCCCUGACACUAGAUGCUGAGCUGAUGGCGACUUUCAUCAACGUUCCAUUCCCAUGGAACUAUAAAUCAAUCGAGGUCCCGAUGGUUGAUGGGGAGUCAAUACUCCCUAUGGUUUGGGGGAGCAGCUACCAUGUAUACCACAGCAUCGCCGCAAGCAGCAUGUGGAAUAAUUAUCGCUCGUCCCGGAUACUCAUUCAUGAACUCAUCAUCGACACCGUGGCGGGACUUGACUCGUCGACAACCGAUCAAGCAAGCUAUAUACAGCGGCAACACCUAGCCAACCAAAGCCGUCAAAUUGCACGUCAGCUGGUGGAGGAUAUCUGCGCCAGUGCCCCCUUCCAUCUUGGCGCAGGAGCCGAAGAUAUGGAUGAGAUAGCAGUGCCCUAUUCGGAAUCUACAACCCCGCCGAAUUGCUCGGACUGGAGCCACGUACACGAAAAAACUUCAGUUGCGUCAAAGCAGUGGUCGCGCGGCCGAGAACAGAGGCCGUCGAGCCUGGUUUCAUCUCCAUUCAGGGAUUCCUCAUUUUCGACAAUAUCAAAUUCUCCAAAUCAAAGCUCGUUCGGAACCAUGUCUAAAGAUCUCUUCAAAAUAACUGGAGCGGGCGGCUUGACGUUGGUUUGGCCACUCCUAAUUGCUGCAAACUCCGGGCUCGCAUCGCCUGAGCUCCGCAAUUGGAUUACGGCCUGCUUUGACAAAAUUGGGCAUUCGAUGGGAAUAAAUCAAGCCUUAGCCAUGGGAAAGCUGCUACGAAACGGCAGUGGCUCUCGGGCCUGGUUGACACCUGAGCUUGGAUCCCCUAUCUCGGUCUAA